GCAAGUAAACAAAUAGGGGAGAGGUAAGUUAACCGGUCUGAAUUUUUUUCUGAUAAAAAGGAAAGUUUCAAAUAGGAAUUUGUAUAUUAGAGUCACUGUUACAUUUGGCCUUGCAACACACACGCACAUUCCUUAAAUCCCUUGACCCGUGACCCGUGAUCUCCACAAUAUUAAAAAGCUAAGAUGAAAAACAAUAUUGUCGACGUGUUGUCCCUGCAGAAUAAGACACAGGAAAAUAAAUUACAAAAGGUUAAGCCAACCGACUACAGAAAAAUUGAAAGGCCUGGAAUUGUUCCGAGAUUUCUUUUCGAAUGUGCCAUAAAAUUACAAAUCAAACCAUUGACCUCGGCUAGUGCCGCAAUAAUAUUCCACAGAUUCUAUCGAGAAAUGGAAUCAACGGAUUAUGAUGAAUAUGUCAUAGCUGCAUCCUCAUUGUACUUGGCUGGAAAAAUUAAAGAUGAUCCGGUAAAAAUUCGCGAUGUUAUCAAUGUGGCUAACAUAACAUUAAACAGAGGCUCUUUGCCUCUUGAAUUGGGCGAUGAAUAUUGGUCUAUGCGUGAUGCCAUUGUCCAAGCCGAGCUUUUAAUUGCUCGUACUCUCAAAUUUGAUCUUAACAUGGAGCAUCCACAUAAGUAUUUACUUUACUACAUGAAAACUCUACAAGACUGGUUGGGUGCAGAUGUUUGGUCCUCUGUUCCAAUUGCCAAGACUGCAGCAUCAUUCCUACAAGAUUUCCAUCACAGUUCCAAGAUUUUGAAUCACAAGGCUACACAUAUUGCCGUAUGUUGCCUCUCGUUGGCCCUACAAACCUAUGGUGUACAAGUACCUCUAACAGAUGAAUCGGAUGAUCAAUCGCAGUGGUAUACUCCCUUUGUUUCCGACAUAACCAAGGACAAACACUGGGAAAUAAUUGAGGAUAUAAUCGAGGUGUACAAACAGGAAUCGGACAUUAAUAACAUGUAAAUGUAGAUGCCACAUCGAAUGCCGAAUGUGUAUCCGGACAUUUUUCAGGCGGUAUAAUUUGUGAUAUGUGUUGCAACAAAAUGCCACUCAGUCGUGAAACAUUAGCGAAAUGGAUAACUUGAAGCGAUACUUUGAAAACAAUGCAAAUCUAUUUUCUGUUACAAAGGAUAAAGAAAAUAAUAUGAAUUAGAAUUUAUAAUUUUAUUUUUACCACAACGUGAAAUAUUACCAUACAUAGCAUGAAAAUCAUAAAACCA